UGCUUGAGGAAAAGCAAGACAAAUGGGCAACAAGUGUGCCGAUUUAUAUUUCCAAUGGAGAUUCUAUUUGAAUCUAAAAUCGUAGAGGAGCCACCAAAUAGUAAUAUGUAUCUGUUUAUGGGAAGAAGAAAUGAUCCAUUGGUAAAUUCUCAUAAUCGAUCCGUUUUGCAAACUUGGCGGGCGAACAUAGAUUGGUCAGGUGUGAUUACCCCUGACUGUUGUUCAUUACAUUGGUAAAUAUGCUGCAAAGUCUGAAUCGGCAUCAAAGAAUUUCACUGAGAUUAUGGAUGGAAUUAUAAUGAUGAAAGGAGACCAUGUCGUGAUUCAACUUCAGCCAUAAAACGAUUGUUGAUCAAAAAUGCAUCGGAAAGAGAAAGAGACAUAUCUGCACAGGAGGUUUGUCAUUUAUUAAUGAGUUAUCACUUGACUGAUUCAUCAAGGAGAUUUGUCCUUCUGAACUUGAGUGAGAAUAAAUUAUUCAACUCACAAUUGCGCCGGAGACGAAAUGAUGAUGACGUAGAACGACGAGAAACAGACCCCAGCUUCUUUGGAAGAUAUUUGGAAAGACCAGAAACUUUCCAAGACAUCCCACUUAUUGAAAUGGCAAAAAAACACUACUACGCUCGUAAAAGAUGGUGCACAUUCAAGGUUGAGGAUGUAGUUAGGGUUUUACCUGAAUUGGGAAGUAAUAUCACGCCAAAUACUGAAAAAUGGGAAUCAUUUUGUCGACAACAAGUGUUGUUAAAUAGUUGUUACAGAAGUAUCAUAGAAGCAAGGCGAGGUUUCAAUUCGUGGUCUGAAUGUUAUGCCAAUAUUUAUCGUGGCAUUGAAAAUCAACCUAUCCAUAUUGCCACAAUUGAUGAUGACUUUGAAGAUCAAAAUGAUCCAGAUGAGGAACCACUUGAGGAUUGGAUGAUGUUAUCAGCAAUGGCUCCCAAUGUUGCACCGGUAUGUGACAUUGAACUUGGAUCACGGACUUGCGAUCUGAUACAUAAUUGGUCUGAAGCUUGGAAUGAUUACCCAUCCAUAGAUGAUGACAGAAGAUUUGUACACAUAUUAGGACAAGCAGAGCAAGAGGAAAGUGAAGAAUAUGUACCUACCCGUCUAGAUGUUCCUCUUAGUUCUUUGUCUCCACAACAAAAAGCAGCACAUGAUAUGGUUUUACAGUCAAUGAGAGAAGGUUCUACCAUACGUUUGGUUAUUAGUGGAGGAGCAGGCACAGGUAAGUCCACUCUUAUCAAUGUCAUUGUCCAUUCUACAAGAGAAUUGUUUCAAAAAAUUAAAGCUGUUAGGAUCAUGGCACCAACUGGUGUAGCUGCUUUUAACAUCGGUGGUGCAACUAUCCACCAUGAACUUGCUAUAUCGGUAGACAAAGAUCAUUCGUACAAAAGUUUGGACCAUGUACAAUGUGGGCACAUGCAAAAGGAUUUUAAAUAUACCAAACUUAUUGUGAUCGACGAGUACAGUAUGAUUGGCAGAAAGAUGUUUGCAAAUAUUAAUCUUCGAUGAAGAGAUAUUUUUGCAAACAAUGAGCCUUUUGGAAAUGCUUCUGUUAUGCUUGUGGGUUAUAUGCGACAAUUGCCACCUGUUUUUGACACUCCAUUGUAUGUUCAAGGCGGGAAAAGUACUCUUCAACUUUAUGGUUCCAUAUCUUAUUCUUUGUUUGAUCCUUGUGUCCGACUUGAAGAAGUAUUCUGACAGUCAGGUGAUGAAGAGUUAGCUUUUAGAGACGCAUUACUACGACUCAGUGAUGGCAAGUCUACUCUUACAAAUUGGGAAUUGUUUAGCACUAGAGAUUAUUCAUUGUUGACAAUUGAGGAACAAAACAAGUUCAAGCAUGCUCUUCGUCUAUUUCCUACCAAAUAUGAUGCAUCCAGAUACAACCAUGAACGCCUCAAAGAUCUUGGGAAUCCUGUUGCAAGAAUCAUAUCGAAGAAUAAUUGCGAAACAACCAAGAUUGCUAAAGUCCGAUGAAGCUAAAGGGUUACAAGAAAUUUUGUUAUUGUCAAAGGGAUCCAGGGUGAUGUUGAGAAAGAAACUAUCAACAAAAUACGGUUUAGUUAAUGGCUCCAGAGGAGUGGUGGUGGAUAUUGUUUAUAAAAAUGGAGAGAAGCCUCCUACUGAUAUGCCUAUCGUUGUUAUGGUAGACUUUGAUAAGUAUACUGGUCCUAAAUUAUAUUCGAGAUCAAAUGUGAUUCCAAUCACACCGCAAAAAACAAAUUGGAUGUCAACAUCAGGAAUCACAUGUCAAAGAAUCCAAUAUCGCUUAUUUUGUGUUGGGCAAUGACGGUCCACAAAAGUCAAGGAUUGACUCUUGAUCGGGCGGCGGUGGAUAUAGGACCGAAAGAGAAUCUCGGUUUGACAUUCGUGGCAUUGUCAAGGACAAGAAAACUACGAGACCUUGUGUUCAGUCCCAUGUUCACUUUCGAAAGAAUUGCAAGAAUUAGUACAUGACGUGGCCUUCCAUUAAGACACAAAGAAGAAGAGCGACUGAGAGAGCUAUCAAAUGCAACGUUAUAGUAUAUCAUGGUCAUCUCUCUCACUGCAUUUUCUUUUGUUACACUAAGAUUAUUGAUGGCUCCAUUUCAAAAGAUUGAGGUCUCCAUUUUAUCACACAUUGAUUAUUGUUUUUUUUUAUGAGUGUAGAAUAGGAUAUGCAUGGAUGUGAGACGAGUAUUUUAAAAGUUGAAACAUUUUGAAGUCUAUUUAAUAAAAACAAAUGGACAAUUUAUAGCAACUCGCCGAAAAAGAUAAGUUAUUUUUAUUUUGCAUCAUUUUUGUUUUUUGGUCGGCCCCCACUGUUGUAGCAGUAAUCUAGUUAUAUGUACUAAAUUAUCAAUCCCCACUUCCAAUUCUUAUAAACCCUAGAAAAAAAAUCCAACUGUUAACAAUGGCAGGUUUCUUAUCCGUUCUUAAGCGUAUCUACCUUACUAUUUAUAAUUUGACUAUCUUCAUUGGCUGGUUUUGUUUAUGACUUUGACGACUUUGAAAGAAUCAUGCCAUGAACAUGUUUAUAAUGCUGUGGAAAAGCCUAUGCUACUUGCUCAAACUGCAGCUAUAAUGGAGAUUUUUCAUGGUCUUGUAGGCUUGGUAAGAUCUCCAAUUACAACAACUUUGCCACAAAUCGGAUCAAGAUUAUUUGUAACUUGGGGAAUUUUGUGGAGUUUUCCUGAGACUCGAACGCAUGUGCUAGUUAGUUCUUUGGUUAUAAACUGGUCGAUUACCGAGAUUAUCCGAUACUCUUUCUUUGGUACAAAAGAGGCACUUGGUUUUGCACUUUCAUGGUUGUUGUGGCUCAGGUAUAGCACCUUUCUGGUAUUGUAUCCAACUGGAAUUACCAGCGAAGUUGGUCUAAUAUAUAUCGGUCUGCAGUACAUAAAGGGAUCUGAGAAAUACUGCAUUAGGAUGCCAAACCAAUUUAACUUCUCAUUUUAUUACUUCUAUGCUGCAAUUAUUGCCCUCGGAAUCUAUGUCCCAGGUAGUCCACAUAUGUAUCAAUAUAUGCUUGGGCAGAGGAAGAAAGCUCUCGCCAAAUCCAAGAGAGAGUAAAGAAGCCAUAUAGGACUUUUAUAACGAUCAAAUGGUUAACCAGAUCACUUGUCAAAAGGAAAAGAAUGUGGUUUGCCAGAUUAACAUUGUAUCCAGUUCAUCUUUUCUUCUUUCCUUAUUGUAUUUUCUUAAUUUAUCUUACUGGUUUGUACUUGUUCAUCUGUAACAAUCUCUUUGUAUCU